AUGGAUCCUAAGCAACGUUUCUAUAACCAUUUCCUGGAGAGUAUUACAGUACUCCAAGACCUGAUCGAUGAGCUACCAUCCGUUGCUAGUGUCGGUGGUGAGCGCCAGGAGGCCAUUGAUCAUAUUCUAGCCAGCAUCGCCAAGCUACAAAACGAAGUGUCAGAUGCUGCCGACUAUACUCCUUCUUAUGAUAGAAAACAGUAUUCUGAGACCAUCAAGACCCUCCAGGACAAGCUGAACGAGACCCUGACCAAAAUCACACCAAAGCCAAAAUUCCAGUUUCGUCGUAAGACUGACCACGUUGAUAUGGGCGCUCCUGAGAACGACCCUCGUCUUAGUCCUGGAAGUCAUUCUCGAACCAAGCAUGACACGACCAUUGCGUCCAACAUCGCCAAUCCUCCCUCGGUGAGAAAAGAAGACACUCUCAGUGAAUUACCGUCCAAGGAUACGUACAAAAAUUAUAAUGAAGAGAUGGCUCGACCCAGCGCAUCUUCCCUUCGUAAGCCCAGCUUCUCGGCGGCCAAGAAUAUUAGCAUUUCGAAUCAUUCAGGGCUACACAUUAUUCUACCGUCUUCGGCGUCCCGUGCCACCUCUUCGGGCAGUCUCACUGAUCUCAAGGGUUGUAUUAUCGACAUGUCUAUCCCAACAUCCUCGGGCUCAGCAUUCCCUGGCCUCGCUAUUAAGAACGUGUCCAAGAGCCUCAUCAUCGGGGGUCGCGUUAGCGGCGCAGUCCAUAUCACAGGAGUGUCUGACAGCACUAUAGUUGUUGUGGCCAGGCAAGUGCGGAUUCAUGAGUGCAGUAACGUUGAUAUCUACCUGCACUGUGGAAGCCAUCCUAUUAUUGAGGACUGCUCUGGCAUGCGAUUUGCACCGCUGCCCAAGGUCUAUAUGACAGACGCUGAGGAGCCUGACGAAAACCAGUGGGAUCAGGUCGAUGACUUCAAGUGGCUCAAGGCUGGUCACAGUCCUAACUGGACCACUCUGUCAGAAAACGAGAGGCUCAGUGAUGACAUUUGGAGAUCUGUCGUCCCCGGCCAGCCUGGUGUCAGUGUGGAGGAGUCCUUGAAGAAGCUGGGCAUUCCACGGAGGUGA